GACGUAUAAAGCCCUGCGUCCUCUCCAGUCCUCCCCACAGGGACGUUCAUCACUCAGCUCUGACCUGAGAGACACCGGCCGAUCACGAACUUACGCAUCUGGAGAGAAUAAAGACAUGAAGCCGGUCCCGCUGCUCCUGCUCCUCUCCUCGGUCCUCCUCGCUUCGCACCCGCGCCCCGCCGCCGGCAGACCGCGCACCGUGCCCGGCUGGCUGGAUGGCAGCGGCCGCCUCCAGGCGCAGCAGCUGGACGAAGUGCUCCUCAGAGCGGCCGAAGCCGGCGACGGCGCAGCCUCCGAGUUGCUGGGCGACGGCGUCGUGCGCUUUCUGCGCCAGAGGUACCCGAACCCGGCGCACCCGCUGCCCCGCGAAGAGGACGAGGCGGCGAGGACGGCGGUGCAGCUGUUAAAACGGAGCGAAGAGACCCCGCUGUCCAUCGACCUCACGUUCCACCUGCUGAGGAAUAUGAUCCAGAUGGCCAAGAUGGAGAACCAGAGGGAGCAGGCUCUGAUCAACCGCAAAGUCCUCGACGAGGUCGGGAAGUAAAGCUCGAUAUGUUGGGGUUUUUUUUUUUUCCUCAAAUGCUAUUGACAACAGCCAAACCGCUGUCUUCAAUUCAAAGUAUUCAAUACCUCUGACAUUAGUUGUUUCCUUGUGCGCCUGGUUUCCUCUCCACUUCAUUUUACGCACACGUGGUGCCAAUUUACGCAUGGCCGCACUCGCGACUAAAAUGUAAAUUAUUAACUGUUAUUUAAGUCUUUGUUGGAAAAUAUGGAAAUUAACUUCUCACCUUAACGACACUGGUUCACCCCCC